AUGUUCAUUGAAAAGUGUGAGAAGAUCCUGAAGGGCCACGCCACUCAAAUUAUGUCGAAGUAUGAUAAAAAAAAGAAACAAAAGUCUACCCGACAAGAAGCAAGGGACAAAACUCUCGCCAAAUUAAAAGACACACUUUCACAAAAGAGGUCUCUGCAAGCAUCUGAAGAGUUGUUCAGCAGCUCUGACGAUUGCCAGACACCUGUUCGCAAGAAAAGCAUGCGGAUACAGCAGUUCUCACCGCAGCCCAGUUCAGAUGAUACAGACAUUGGGAGCCCACCCCCUUUGCAAAUUACAGGGACUGAUGCUCAAGAUAACGCUGUGCCAUCAAUGGCAGAGAUUAUCGGGUGUCUUCGUGAUGCUGAUGGUGAUGGUGAUAGUGAAGUGCACUUUCUACCAGGGAAGACGGUGGCAGUUUCUAAAAGGGCUUUUCUUCGUUUGAAUCGAACACGGAUGACCGUUUUCGCCCAAGAGUUAGCGGUGCUUCUUUUUUCAAAGGACACUCUGGCAAAGUCAACUUUAACUGGAAAGUAUGGAAAAGGAGAAAUGGCCAAAGGUCAACUAGAUGUGAUCAAAGUCCAGGCCAUUACAGAUGCUGUAAUUGAAGAAUUUCCGGGAUCCACAGUGUCUGAAGUUCGUGCUGCCAUAAGAAGAAAGUGCAACAAUGAACAUUUCUCACAUAAGAGGCCAUAG